AUCCAGGAGAACGAACCAUGGCUGCCCCCGCGAAGAUGCGUCUGCGCUCCGAGAAGCACCUGGCCAACAUCACCAAGCGCGGUCACGUCUCGCAGCCCCAGAAGGAGGACAAGGGCUACAGCGUGGGCCCCGUGCUUAUGGGCUUCUUCCUGUUCGUGCUGGUGGGCUCCUCAGUGAUCCAGAUCCUGCGCACGGCGCAGCUCGGCCUCUAAGCGCCUCUGCCUGCCCGACUGCCUUCCUGCCUGUACAUCCAUUCCCGUUUGUAUGGAGCGACGACAGAGCGAAUAUCUUGCCUGCGCAACAAUUCAUCAACCCCGUCUCCAGCGAUCCAAGCGCUGGUGUCUCCAGGCGGAACGAGCGGCAGGUUGCUGCGCUAUCGUUGCUAAUUUAAUAGUAUGAGCUACGUUUACCCUCAACC